AUGUAUCUUGUCAAAGUUCAAUUUCCUCCGCGGGUUACUGUUGGGGAAAUAGUGCAAAAACAAUUAAAUAAUAAUAUUAAAAAUGCAAAUCAUACAGUAAAUUCUUUUAUGAUCUACAGACGUGAAUUUAAUCGCGAAAUUCGUGAAUCUCGAUUUAAUUUUAAACUUAAAGAAAUAUCAAAAUUAGCUGCCGUUUCUUGGAAAACAGAACCACAAUAUAUCAAAGAUCAUUACAAAAGAAUGGCUAAGGAUAAUGUUAACACAAGUAAUACAAGUGAAGAUGAAUUUAUUGUUGACAGCAAUACUUCUCUUAAUACCAAUUAUCCUUAUUCAUCUUCUCAUUCUUUCACUCCAUUGAACCAUCCCUCUCAGAAUUAUGCCUAUGAUAAUGUAUUUAUUGGUUCUAUUGCUACUAGUAACAAUAUUUCUCUUAACUAUUAUUCUUCUCUUACUCCAUUAUUGUAUCAACCCUCUCAAUAUAUCGUAUCUAAUGACGUUAUUUCCGUUAACGAUUAUCCUUAUUUUUAUUCUUAUACACCUUUUCCAAAUUUUUAA